AUUCUCACUGUCACUCUCACGCUGUAUCGCGCAUCUCAUUAUAGCUUUCCAUUUCCGCUCUCUCUUCGCCUGCGCUCUCUCUCUCAAUCACACUGCGACUCAAUCGGCCUUGAUUUCUCAGAUAAAUUAUUGCUAUAGGAUAGUAUUCUGUAUAAGUUCAGCUUCUCUUGGAUAGGUGUACUUUCUGUUGAUUGAGGCACCUCUGCUCAAAGGUUUAUUGAUCGAGAAGUGCUUAAAUAUAUACAGUCAGCAUGACAGCUAAAACUCCCGGUACACCAGCUUCAAAGUUAGAAAGGACACCAGCUAGUACUCCAGGUGGGCACAGAGCAAGAGAAGAGAAAAUUGUUGUUACAGUACGGUUAAGACCAUUGAACAAAAGGGAGCAAUCAGCCAAGGACAAUGUAGCAUGGGAAUGCAUUGAUGAUCAUACAAUUGUGUAUAAACCAACACCCCAAGAACGUUCUCCGCAACCAACCUCAUCAUUUACGUUUGAUAAAGUGUUUGGUCCCAAUAGCUUCACUGAAACAGUAUACGAGGAAGGAGUAAAGAAUGUGGCUUUAUCGGCUUUAAUGGGGAUCAAUGCAACCAUUUUUGCUUAUGGGCAAACAAGCAGUGGGAAGACUUUCACUAUGAGAGGAAUUACAGAGAAAGCUGUUAAUGACAUCUAUUCCCAUAUAGCAAAUACACCAGAAAGAGAAUUUAGAAUAAGGAUAUCUGGACUAGAAAUCUACAAUGAAAACGUCAGGGACCUAUUGAAUUCAGAAUCUGGCCGUAAUCUCAAGCUUCUAGAUGAUCCUGAGAAAGGAACUAUGGUUGAAAAGUUGGUUGAAGAAACAGCUGCUAAUGAUCAACAUCUCAGACAGUUGAUUAGUAUUUGUGAGGCUCAAAGACAAGUUGGUGAAACUGCCCUUAAUGAUACUAGCUCACGGUCUCACCAGAUAAUAAGACUGACAAUAGAAAGUAUCCUUCGUGAAAGUUCAGGUUGUGUCAGGUCUUAUGUUGCAAGCUUGAACUUUGUAGAUUUAGCUGGAAGUGAAAGAGCCUCACAGACAAAUGCUGAUGGUGCUAGGCUCCGGGAAGGCUGCCAUAUUAACCUCAGUUUGAUGACUCUUACAACUGUAAUAAGAAAGCUCAGUGUGGGCAAAAGAACCGGUCAUAUACCCUACCGAGAUUCAAAGCUGACACGCAUACUGCAGCAUUCCCUAGGUGGAAAUGCUCGUACUGCCAUCAUAUGCACUUUGAGUCCAGCUUCUAGUCAUAUUGAACAAUCCCGUAAUACUCUCCUAUUUGCUACUCGUGCAAAGGAAGUCACAAACAAUGCUCAAGUUAACAUGGUUGUUUCCGACAAACAGCUUGUUAAGCAUUUGCAGAAGGAGGUGGCCAGACUCGAAGCUGAGCUGCGCACACCAGAUAUUUCGAAUGAGAAAGAUUUGAAAAUUCGGCAGAUGGAGAUGGAAAUUGAAGAGUUGAGGCGUCAAAGAGAUCUUGCACAGUCCCAAGCGGAUGAGUUACGCAGGAAGCUGCAGGAGGAACAGGGAUUUAAACCAUUUGAGCCAACUAGUCCAGUUCCAAAGAAGUGUCUCUCUUUCUCUGCCACAUCACCAAACCUUGAAGGAAAGGGACGAGUUCGUUGUGAAAGAACAAGAAAUACAAUGGGGAGGCAGUCGAUGAGGCAAUCAUUAGCUGCUCCUUUCACACUCAUGCAUGAAAUUAAGAAACUUGAACAUCUUCAGGAACAACUUGGAGAUGAAGCAUAUCGGGCACUAGAAGUACUGCAGAAAGAGGUAACUUGUUAUAGACAAGGUAACCAAGAUGCUGCAGAGACUAUUGCUAAGCUCCAAGCAGAGAUUAGGGAAAUGUGUGCAGUCCGGCCUGUUCCAAAAGAAGUAGAAGUUGAAGUUGAAGUUGCUGUCAAUAAGAGUGUCAGUGCAAACCUCAAGGAAGAGAUUGCCAGACUUCAUUCUCAAGGUAGCACAAUCGCUGAUCUUGAAGAGCAACUGGAAAAUGUUCAGAAGUCUAUAGACAAAUUAGUAAUGUCUCUUCCAAGUGGCAAUGACCCAGAUUCAAAUGAUGUAACUACGAAGUCUAAAAAUCCAUCGAAGAAGAAGAAAUUACUUCCAUUAGCAUCUAACAACAGCAUUAACAUGCAAAAUUUCAUCAGAUCUCCAUGUUCACCUUUAUCAUCUACUUGCCAAGUAAUGAACUCUGAAAUUGAAAAUAGAGCUCCAGAAUAUGAUGAUGCUGUGUCACUAGAAACUCAACAAGUGCUUGAGAAAGAGACUCCUACAAAAAGUGAAGGUGGGCUGUCAUCAAAAGAAGGUACUCCUGAUCGACGUUCUGGUUCAGUCAACAUGAGAAAAAUGCAGAAGAUGUUCCAAGAAGCAGCAGAAGAGAAUGUUAGAAGCAUAAGAGCAUAUGUGACAGAACUUAAAGAACGUGUUGCCAAGCUGCAAUACCAAAAGAAACUACUUGUCUGCCAGGUGCUUGAGCUUGAAGCAAAUGAAGCAGCUGGAUACAGUUUGGAGAAUGAUGAUAUUCCUGAGAUAGUGGAGGAGUCUCCAGCUUCAUGGCACAUAAUAUUUAGGGAGCAACGACAACAGAUCAUUGACCUGUGGGAUGUUUGCUAUGUCUCCAUUAUUCAUAGAUCACAGUUCUAUCUAUUAUUCAAGGGAGACCCUGCUGACCAGAUAUACAUGGAAGUUGAACUUAGACGCUUGACUUGGUUACAGCAGCACCUAGCUGAGCUUGGAAAUGCAACCCCAGCAGCUAAUGUAGGAAAUGAGCCAACCAUUUCCAUAUCAUCAAGUAUGAAAGCGCUAAGGAGGGAAAGGGAGUUUCUUGCAAAAAGAUUGACCACCCGUUUGACCGUUGAGGAAAGAGAUGCAUUAUACAUGAAAUGGGAUGUUCCAUUAGAGGCCAAGCAAAGGAAGCUGCAGUUCAUAAACAAACUUUGGACAAAUCCGCAUGACAUGAAACACAUACAAGAGAGUGCAGAGAUUGUGGCAAGGCUUGUAGGUUUCUCCGAGAGUGGAAAUAUGUCGAGGGAAAUGUUCGAGCUCAAUUUUAACCUUCCAUCAGAUAAGCGACCUUGGUUUAUGGGCUGGAACCAAAUUUCAGACCUUCUUCAUCUAUAAGAAAGUAUAACAAUUCUUUCUGUAAGUAAAUUAUGUUGUCAUGUUCUUUCAGUGUAUAAAUUUAUUUUUGCUGUCCUCCCGUUUAUACUGUGUUUGAAUUGGGAUUUGGGGCAUAAUGUCAUGCUCACUGUUUUCUCCUGAACAAGGCUCACUGUUUUCUCCUGAACAAGGCUCUGGAUCAAAAUUAUGCCAAUGCUUUUUUUUUUUUAAUUUUUUUUUUUUUUGGUUCUGCAUGUUGUUGUUA